UCCGCCUAGACUCGGGCUCCGCUCCAGCUACCACCCCCAAACGCCUGGGAAACGCUCCUCUAAUGCAGCCGCCGCCGCCGCCCCUUCCCUCGCUUCCCCCAUUCAGGCGGCUGCGCUGCCACCCCGCCCAAGCCUCCUCGCCGCCGCCGUCGCCGGGCCCCGCGGGCAGCGAUUGGCGAAGCCGCUUGACAACCACGCAGCCGGCCCGACGCCUCUCGGCUCUUUAGGGAAGCCGAGGCAAAAGGAAAAGCCGCCGCGGGCCCGCAAGCCUCUUCUUCUUCUUCGUCCUCCUCAUCCUCAUCUUCCCUCGGGAAGCCCCCGCCGCCAUUUUGUGCGCCUCCCUCCCUCAGCCCGGUUUUUUCCCCCUCAGAAUCCCCUCAGAAUCGGCGGCCUCGGGAAAACGGCCCGCCUUGUAGCCUACACAAUGACAGCUGAAGAGACAGUGAACGUAAAAGAAGCUGAAAUAGUCAAACUAAUACUGGAUUUUUUGAACUCAAGAAAGCUUCAUAUAAGUAUGUUGGCUCUAGAGAAAGAAAGUGGUGUAAUUAAUGGACUAUUCUCAGAUGAUAUGCUUUUCUUAAGACAGUUGAUUCUUGACGGCCAGUGGGAUGAGGUUCUUCAGUUCAUCCAGCCACUUGAGUGCAUGGAUAAAUUUGACAAGAAGAGAUUUCGUUACAUCAUACUGAAGCAGAAAUUUUUAGAAGCCUUAUGUGUAAAUAAUGCAAUGUCUUCAGAGGAUGAGCCUCAUCACUUGGAAUUUACAAUGCAGGAAGCUGUGCAGUGCCUACAUGCUCUAGAAGAAUAUUGUCCUUGUAAAGAGGAUUAUAGCAAACUGUGUUUACUACUCACAUUGCCUCGUCUGACUAACCAUGCAGAAUUCAAGGACUGGAACCCCAGCACCGCACGAGUUCACUGUUUUGAAGAGGCUUGCAUCAUGGUGGCAGAAUUUAUUCCUGCUGAUAGAAAACUAAGUGAGGCUGGAUUUAAAGCAAGCAAUAAUCGCUUAUUUCAGCUUCUGAUGAAGGGGCUGUUAUACGAAUGUUGUGUUGAGUUCUGUCAGAGUAAAGCAACGGGAGAGGAAAUUACAGAGAGUGAAGUGUUACUCGGAAUUGACCUCUUAUGCGGGAAUGGAUGUGAUGAUUUGGACCUUAGUUUGCUAUCGUGGCUUCAGAAUCUUCCCUCUACGGUUUUCUCUUGUGCGUUUGAACAAAAAAUGCUUAACAUUCAUGUCGACAAACUUUUAAAACCUACAAAAGCUGCCUACGCUGAUCUUUUGACACCCCUCAUCAGCAAACUUUCUCCUUAUCCGUCCUCACCCAUGAGGCGGCCCCAAUCCGCUGAUGCUUACAUGACCCGUUCCUUAAAUCCUGCAUUGGAUGGACUCUCCUGUGGGUUAACAGGUCAUGAUAAACGUAUUACAGAUCUUGGGACAAAAACAUCUUCUAUGUCUCACUCCUUUGCUAACUUCCAUUAUCCAGGAGUACAGAACCUUACUCGUAGUUUAAUGUUGGAAACUACAGAUUGCCACAGCAUUUGUGAAGAAUCACCUGAACGAUGUGAAACUCCUGUGGAUUCCCAUAAUUCAUCUGGCAAUGAGACGGCACACCAGAAUUCAUUCCCAGAAAAAGAGCCAGCCAAUGGAACACAGAAUCAAGGACUAACCAAGCAAGAAAAAAAUGAGCUUCGAGAUUCAGCAGAGCAGUUUCAAGAAUAUUACAGACAGCGGUUACGCUAUCAACAGCACUUAGAGCAAAAGGAACAACAACGGCAAUUGUAUCAACAAAUGUUACUAGAAGGAGGAGUUAAUCAGGAAGAUGGUUCAGAUGCACAACAGAAUCUUACAGAACAGUUUCUUAAUAGGUCUAUCCAAAAGUUGGGUGAAUUAAACAUGGGCAUGGAUAGUCUGGGAAACGACGUGCAGACCCUCAACCAACAUUGCAAUGGGACCAAGGGAAAUGUAUCCAUUCCUCCAGAUUCCAUUCAGACAAUAGCUGGUGAUAAUACAAACAUUAACACAAGCACACCUCAGAAAUUUGGCUCCAGUAAUCAGAUACCAUCUCUUGAAGAAUCACCUGUCCAUGGAAAUCAGAUUGUGCCAGACCAAGCUGCCAUUCAGGCACAACAUGAAGAUUCUUCGGGGAUUGUAAGAAAACCAAGAAGUGAUGAGCAGGAUGACAAAUCAAAGAAACAGUUCAUUUGUAUCAAUACUCUAGAAGAUACACAAGCUGUCAGAGCUGUGGCCUUUCAUCCAAGCGGCACGCUGUACGCGGUUGGCUCUAAUUCCAAAACGCUGAGAGUCUGUGGCUACCCAGAGCUCCCGGACUCAAGUGGUAAUGGCACUCCUAAACAACCCGCCGUUCGUUUCAAGCGAAACAAACAUCACAAGGGAUCGAUCUAUUGUGUAGCAUGGAGCCCCUGUGGACAGUUGCUAGCUACCGGUUCCAAUGACAAAUAUGUUAAAGUCCUGCCUUUCAAUGCAGAUACCUGUAAUGCCACUGGGCCAGAUCUGGAAUUUAGCAUGCAUGAUGGAACUAUUAGAGAUCUAGCCUUUAUGGAAGGUCCUGAAAGUGGCGGUGCCAUUUUAAUAAGUGCUGGAGCUGGUGACUGUAAUAUUUAUACCACAGACUGCCAGCGAGGGCAAGGUCUCCAUGCGCUGAGUGGCCACACUGGUCACAUUUUAGCACUUUAUACGUGGAGUGGAUGGAUGAUAGCAUCUGGAUCCCAAGACAAGACUGUGAGAUUCUGGGAUCUCAGAGUACCAAGUUGUGUUCGAGUUGUUGGAACAACUUUUCACGGAACUGGCAGUGCUGUUGCAUCUGUAGCUGUAGAUCCUAGUGGUCGCCUUCUAGCUACUGGGCAGGAAGAUUCCAGCUGUAUGCUUUAUGAUAUUCGUGGUGGGCGGAUGGUUCAAAGUUAUCAUCCUCAUUCCAGUGAUGUCCGUUCUGUUCGGUUUUCCCCCGGGGCUCAUUACCUUCUCACAGGGUCAUAUGACAUGAAAAUAAAAGUCACAGACCUGCAAGGUGACCUUACUAAGCAGCUACCAACUAUGGUAGUAGGGGAGCACAAGGACAAAGUGAUUCAGUGCAGAUGGCAUACACAGGAUCUUUCCUUCUUAUCAUCUUCCGCUGACAGAACUGUCAAACUCUGGAGUUAUAACGUAUGAAUGAAGCACAGAUCCACAAGGCAACUGGAGGUGUCUAUGAAAAGAACAGCAUUUCAGCAAGAAGAUGCGUCCCACAGAAACUUGGUUGUUAUGAGAUGUUGGUGUGUUGGUGUGGAUUAUUAUUUUUCAGUGCUUUCCAUGUGAUCUCAUGCUGCUACGACCUCCUGUAGUCUUGUUGCUGAGGUUUGUUACGAGAGCUCUUGCGAAGUCAAUGUGCACUCCAAAAAGUUACAUUUAUUUUAUGUGUUUACAUUUUGUGUUAUUUGCAUUCCCUGGUCUUGGUCUCAAUGACAAUAUUUAUUUUU